AUGCUGGGCAAGAAGCAGACCACGCUGAUCCCCCACCCGAAGUCGACCAAUUACGACGACGACGACGACGCUCCCGCGCGUCCGCUGAAGCGCAUUAAGCGCGGGGAGGCCGGCGAUGCUGGUUCAGACUACGCGCACUGCCCCGACUCGCCGAAGCCUGCGGCCCGAAGCGUGAUUCCCGACUCAGACGCUGAGAGCGACGACGACGAGGAGGAUGUGGAUGCGCCAGCACCAGUGGCCCGCACCGAUCUCGAGAGCGCUUUGCCGCCGGUUGAAACGGACAAGGAGGCCAUUGAGGCCUACGAGAUACAGCGAGCUUCCGAAGAUGCUGAGCGACUUGACCAGGAUGGCCGACUGAGGGAGGGCAAGUGGGUCAAAGGGCGAAGCUCUAUAUACGUCGAUGCCUUCAACCUGGCGUUGGAUACCGUUCUGGAGGAAGAGCGCCACCUUUUUGAUGAGGCCGAGAUGGAAGUCUUCUCGCAAUGGCGCGCUCUGGACUACGAGGCGCAGUAUCUAUACGUCCGCCUCUUUCUCCGGAAAACGUCGGCCUGGCACCGCAUCAACAGGCUGGGAUAUCACAGCGAUAUUGCUGAUCUUGACGUGGCAAUCGCGGCUUUGCAGCAAGCAAGACCCCUGCCUGACUCGAAAGCCCCAGCGCAAAGCAACCCAGGCGAGCUCGAACCUCCAGAAGGCACAGCCUUAGGCCCAUCGUUCUCCUUCGCGGACAGAUCCGAAGACCACAUCGACACGCUUGAAGAAGCGUCGUCGUUGCUGAAGCUGGACGAGCUUAAAGCAUUGGCAAAAGAUGCCAAGGUCCAAGGCAAGAAUAAACAGGAUCUUCUCAGAUCUUUCCGGAAAGCAAGCCAAAGACAAACGGGUCUUGGAUGGGUAGGCCUGAAACGGUCUGACACCGACGCGUCCACGAAAUCAGCCGACGGCGAUCCAGAUAGCGCAUCGACACGUGAGAACACGCCUUUGCCGGAGGACGCGAAUCGGGACGCCCAUUGGGUACGGAAGAUCAUGUCUGAGACGGGUCCCUGCAUACGACUUUCGUCGCCGGCGCUGAAGCUGUUCGAGCGAGUCCACUUGGUCUUCUACCGUUCCACGGAAUGGACUGAAAAGUCUCUGACGACCAUCAUCUUGGCCAGGAUAUCACGGCGCAACUUCCCAGACUACGUCGUAUCCAGAUCGGCAAACGUCUUUGCUUCCCGGGCCCUGUUGCUUGAGUUUGAGGCAUCACUGCGAACACAGUUCCGGGUUGACAACAUCCUGGAGUUUAACGGCACGCCGGGCCCGAGAGAUCUGCAACUGAUCCUCGAUUUGUUCGAAGAGGUGUACCCCCGCUGGCUCGUGCUGCUCCAGGAAGAACAAGCCAAGGAAGAUAGCAUAUACAUCAGCGGCGAGGGUGCCUACUUAAGACGACUGUCUCCUGCCUGGGUGUACACUCGUAUCGUGCACAAGGCCACCUAUGUACUCGGGAAAUUCAAACAACACAAGCGGGAACACGAACUGUUGACAGAGCUGCUCACCCAGCGUUUGUUCCAUGUGUCACGCCGCGGCGCUUGGUACCAACGCAAGGCGUUACUGGAAGAGCACUACAUGGCAGCUCUGAUGCCGUCGGAAGGGCUCGGUGAGGAGUCGCAGAAGCGGCAUUGGAGACAAAUCGCCCUUCAGACGUGCGAGGAAGGACUGCAAGACCACCUGGUGCACCAGAUAUACCACUACGACCUCCAGAAGCGCGUCACGAAGCUCGAGAAAGCGCUCAAGAUUGCCAAACGCUUCCAGCACUCAUUCAGCCACGUCCGGCUGGCCACCCCAGUCGAAGUGACGAUCGAAGGCAUCCGCAUCGAGCGGUCGCCGACGCCAAACCCCAACAACAACACCAACACCACCACCACCACCACCACCACCACGACGAACCGCCGCGGCGCCGCCAUCCGCCGCACCGUCUGGCUCGACGAGCGCGAAGGCGGCGGCGAGUGCAGCGUCGAGGCCAUGUGCCUAUCGCACUACCGCGCGCGCGGGGGCGGCGGCGGCGGCUGGAAGGGCUUCCACAGCGAAGGCGGCAUCGUGCGCACGCUGUUCGCCUACCUCUUCUACGACGUGCUCUUCGCGUACGUGCCGCACGUCUUCCAGACCCCCUUCCAGACGUGCCCGCUCGACCUGCACACGGACGCCUUCUUCGCCGCGCGCCGCUCCGCCGUCGACCACCGCCUCGCGCGCAUCGCCAACGGCGGCGCCGCCCAACUGAUCCGCGGAGUGUGGGACGCGCACGCGGAGCGCCGCACGUGCGUCGUCGGGCUCGAUUGGGGGUUCGACCUGGGGGAUCUGCUGGAGAUCGCGGAGUGCUUUGGCGGCGAGGCGUUGGCGGCGGUGUGCAGGGUCGUGGCGCAGGAGUAUGGGCAGAGGGCCGGGGGCGUGCCCGAUCUGUUUUUGUGGUGUCCCGAUCGCGGGGAGGUCAUGUUUGCGGAGGUCAAGAGCGAGAAUGACAGGCUGAGCGAUACGCAGAGGCUGUGGAUACAUGUGUUGACGGGGGCGGGGGUGAGGGUCGAGCUGUGCAAUGCGGUUGCGAAGGAGGUUAGGAGGGUGUAG